CGAGGAGAAAGAAGAUGACGCGCGGAUUGUUUCCACCUCCAGUGGGCGCAGUCCUCCGUUUUUAGAAGCAAACAGGUCAACAACGACUUCCAAGAAGAGAAACCGUACUCUGGGUAGGUUUCUGCUUGAUGAACGGAUCUUCUCGCUAUGGCCAACGUAGGGGAGUCGCCGUCCCCUACAGAACGCUUGGCUACGGCUGCGGCUCGGAAGAGAGCGAGAUAGACGGGAGGACAUGGUCCAGCUGGAGAAGCGGUCCUGCCGGCUACGGCUACCCAGUGUCAACUGCGUACACCCGGAGUUCGGAGCAACAGACUCGGGCACCCUCGGCUCGGCUACCCGAGGAACACCUCGAGUACUACAGUACUAUCGACGGCAUCGAGCUUCCGACGCAGCCAACAGUUACGCAGAUGUGGGCCCAACAACAGUACGAUGCACCAAUGAGCCCACACGCGGAUGAAUACUAUAAGAGCGUCGCGACGAGCGAGUUCUCGGCCAAUUCCAGCUUUACGUACCCACACAAGGAGGAAGUGGACAACACAGCCGGAGGGAACACUGGUGAAUCGCAGGCUACGGAGACGACUGAAGCCGAAAAAUCAGGCAGUGCGUCGAACAACUGUCUGGGAAGUCCGGGUGGAUCAUCGAUGUCGUUAGGGUCAGUGGACGAGACUCGAAGAAAAUCGUCGUUGACGUGGGUUUUAGGACUGCUUGCUCUUGCGGCACUGCUUGCAGGUUGUGGUUAUCUUUUAUACGCCAAUGGCUACAUCCCCAGUGACUUCUAUAAGCUUGUAUCAGUACCGUCAGGAGUGCGCAGCAGCACGCACGCUCAGGUGGGUACCAAAAGCGUGACCCGCAAACUGGUGCCCCCAGUUACAGGAGGAUAUUUCAACGAUGCUCCCGAUCGCGGAAAUUUUGUUGAUGACACCACCGACACGACGUCAUCGUACAUCGCAGUGUCACUAUCGAGCGCGGGACAGGGGCGACCAGUGACGCCGUUGAACAAACGUAAGAAAGUAGCGGUUUGGGAGGGAAAGAGAAUCUACGCGAAGAGUGUCAGUGUUACAAAAGCCAGAAGAAGCGUGCCUCCGAGUGUUUCGAGCACAGCAAGUGCAGCAAAGAUGACAAAGUACAGCUUGACGACAGUGGUGCAACAGCCAACCAAACAAGUGAAAAACGAUUCCACGAAAGUUACACGAAGUGGAACAAGGAAGGAUUCCGGUUACAACGAAGGAAAGCAGUGUGAAACGCGCGCCUGCGAGAAGGAAUCAAUUUAUUUGACAAAUUACCUCGAUUGGAAUAUAAAACCGUGCAUGGAUUUUUACGGCUUUGUGUGCAACAAUUGGAGGAAACUGCAUCCCGAAGUGGGAGAAUCCAUCGACUCACUGUUGGUACGGAGGGUAGAAGAGGAAAUUUAUCACAUGUUUACUGCACAAAGAAAGACGCCUUCGCGGUUGCUCAAAACGGAAGCGCUCAUUAGCACGUGCGUCCAGAAACCCUUUUCGAAUGAUCAUCGAUCGACCCUGCUAGACUUCAUGAGGGACCUGGGUCUUCGAGGGUGGCCCUUUCUGGACGACACAAAGACGCUCAUCGACGUGUGGAAGUCCGUGAGCCUCCUCUUGAGGAACCUCGACCUCGCAACGUUGGUCUCUGUGAGCGUCGAGAUGGAUCCCGAGAACGACGACAAGCACAUAAUUGCGCUAGGAGAGCCUAGUUUAUUGAUCGGAACGUACAGGACGAAAACGGUUCCAUUACCAGAAUGGUACAACAUGGUCAUCACAACCUGUUUCAAAAUUUUUACCAGUGGCAAAUACGUCGAGAUUGCGAAAAAGGUGCGCGAUAUCGCUGUCAGGUUGGCAGAAAUUUCGGUCGAUCGGGGACUUGAGCCGUUCAGCGCGAAACGAUACAAGUUAGCGCAGCUGAAGAGAUACGGCAAUCUCUUGCAACUUCUGACGUUUGUGUUCAACAACAUAACAGUAGUGCACAGCCGGAUGAAAGUCCUCAUCAAGUCUCCAGACUACUUGGGGAGCCUCAAGGACGUCAUGCACGUUACCAAAAGCGCCGACAUGCUCAACUAUUUGGGAUUUCGAGCUUUGGUAUGCAUUUCACCUCUCCUACCAGACCAAGCAUUGGACAUGGCUUCUUUGCAAAUGAAGGAACUCACGGGGAUUGACCAGAAGAACUGGCCGCGUUGGAGGAGAUGCAUUAGGAUGUUUGAGCGAGUCGUACCCGUCGUGUUUCUACACGCAUACGCACAGACCAGAGAGGGAGUGAGCAACAAGGAUAAGGUGUGGGCUUUGAUGCACGAGAUUCAGGCCAGCUUCAUGCUGAGCAUGAAUAGCGCUCCAUGGAUGAGUAUCGAAGACAAAGUGAUGCUUAAGGACAAGCUAACGAAGAUACGAUUGGAAAUGUUCUACAAAUUCUGGGGAAAGCUGGUACACAAGCACUCGGCGGCUGAGUUUCUCCCCGACGUUGAGCCUGGGAGCAUUAUCGUAAUGUACAAGUCACUGGCGAAGCAGUUCGUGGAAACGAAGCUGUCCGCCAUUAAGUACCCGCGGAACGCGCACGUGAGAGAGUGGAAGGGGUCCGUUUUCGACACGGAACCCUAUUUUGACAGGCAGACAGAAACUAUCUUCAUUCCCAUGACGAUGUUCGAUCCUUCGUACACAAUCGACGGCGAAUCGAUGUUGUUACAACUGCCACGCAUCGUGAGGAAGGUGUUUCAGUCACUCAUGCAAGGCAUCCACGAAAGCAGCUACGCGCUGAACAAACUCAGGUGGUCCGUGGACACCCAGAUGGGAUACCGCGAUAUGCAGCGGUGCAUUGAGAACAACGACGACAACAGCACUGACGACAAGGUUCUAAACAAGGUCACCGCUGAAUUCGACACGCUCGAUAGCUUGGUGUUGCUGCCGACGUUCAAGCUGUUCCUGAAGAAGGUGAACCAUAUAAACAUCGAAGAUUCCGGAGUCCUUACGGGGAGUAACCUUACGGUGAAGCAGCUGUUUUUUGUGCUGUAUGCAAAAGGUUUCUGUGAAACUUCGAGCGAGGCUCGUAUCAAGGAAGUGUCGGAAGAAUUUGCACGCAGUCCUGGUCGUUUGCGUGUCAACGUGCCUCUUCGUCAUUCCUUCCGUUUCCCAACGUUUUGGGAGUGUGCCACGGACUCGCCUAUGAAUCCUAAUCAAAAAUGUACCAUAUGGACCUCGUGAAUGAAUGAUCAGCGAAAGAAAUGUUCUAACCUGGUGUACAUAGCUAUAAAAGCUUCAGUUGUUUGUUCUGCAUAAGUAGUCGAAGUUUAAAACACGCACGUAUAAGUCGAGUGCAGUAAUUCAGUCAAAUCGAUUCAAUACUUUUAUUUGUCGUAUUUCUUCCGCUUCUGCCCAGGCCUUGCGAAACUGUUUAUCACAUGUAAAAAGAUAACAUGCCCCACAGGUUGAUUGUCAUGCUUAUUCAAAACAAAACAAACAUGUAUAGAUUUUGUGUAUGCUACGGGUCCUACAACACUCACAUAACAGGCAAGGUUUCAGGCAUAUUGCACGUUAAUAGGGAAGCGAGGUAUUCUUAUCAAACUUUUUUUUCUCUCGGCAGUAUGAGCUCACAGCAGAAUGUUUGAAAUGGAGUCUUACGCAACAUCGUUCUGCUAUACAAUAAACGCUUUUAAAUCCCA